AGGGGAUUAACGUGAAAACGCUCUACUUUCAAUGGAGACUUGUUAGGAACUCACGAAUUCCGGCUUUUUCUUUAUAAAGAACAAUAACUAAGUUAUUUUUUUUAACCCGCAGAGUUAUCGUUUAUAGUUUGUCGCGUAAUUCAUCUCGUAAAAAGAAGUUUCGUACAGAUCCUGAAGUUUGUCCACAAGUGGUUUUGAAUGAGGAAAUCGUCCCAAGCUAACGUUAUGUAGCAAGCUAAUCUCAUAUCUGUUAAACCAUCGUUAACAAGUUCUAAAUCCUACACAGAGGUAUGACCGAGUACAAGCUGGUGGUGGUCGGGGCAGGAGGCGUGGGGAAGAGUGCUCUCACCAUCCAGCUCAUCCAGAAUCACUUUGUAGACGAGUAUGAUCCAACCAUCGAGGACUCGUACAGAAAGCAGGUGGUGAUCGAUGGAGAGACCUGUCUGCUGGACAUCCUGGACACUGCGGGUCAGGAGGAGUACAGCGCCAUGCGGGACCAGUACAUGAGGACGGGGGAGGGCUUCCUCUGCGUGUUUGCCAUCAACAACACCAAGUCGUUUGAGGACGUUCACCUGUACAGAGAGCAGAUCAACCGGGUGAAGGACAGCGACAGCGUUCCCAUGGUGCUGGUGGGGAAUAAGAGCGACCUCGGUACUCGCACGGUGGAGACGCGGCAGGCCCAGGAGCUGGCACGAAGCUACGGAGUGCCGUUUGUCGAGACCUCUGCCAAAACCAGACAGGGGGUGGAGGAGGCGUUCUAUUCGCUCGUACGGGAGAUCAGAAGAUAUAAAGAGACCAACCGCAGCAACAAGAAGAGCAAGAAGAACACUCAGAGACGCUGCAAUAUACUAUAGCAAACCACACACACACACACACACACACACAGCAUCUUUUACAGCACUUGUCUCAUUCCCUCCCUCACUCUCUGCACCUCCUCCUCCUCCUCCUGCGUCGCGUUGGAGGCGUCCAGCACUGAUCUCCACGGGGCGGAGGAAGACGAGGAAGAAUCUGUUUUUACUGCUGUCACAGUGUGCAGAGAUUCAGGGUCGUCUCAACACCAGAAUAUUAAACUCAGACCCCAGUUCAGUACCCGUUUUGAUACCACAGAAGCAAAAAAUAGAAGUCCCAGUCCCCUGACAUAGAGGUUCAUAUCUUUUUUCUUUUUUAAAUCAAUGAAAGAAAUGCACAAAUACAUUGCCAACAUAUUUGUGCAACUCGUCUGUCUUUGCAUCGCUGCAGCUUCUGGUUUAAAAUCUGACUGAAGCUCUGAAGGUUUCUUAAAGGCCCUGACACACCGAGGAGAUUGUCGUCCGUCUGUCCUAGUUGGACCGUUGGUGAGCGGUCGUCGCCCUACUUUUGUGGUGUGUCCGGCCCCCGUCUGCCUUUUUAUUUUUAUUUUAUUUUUUAGCUGAUUCGACAUGUUGAAUCGUUCUGUGAGAGGAAUCUCUCUGAUUGGCUGUCCUGAGGUUUCAUUUCUCUCCAGCUCUCCUCUCAGGUUCAGGAAAGCCCCUUGAGCAUGUCGCUGUAGUAUCCAUGCUUUCACCCAUUAGUGUGGUUUCUCCUUAUUUGUCUCCUCCGCCUCUUCUUUUCUUUUUACACUAAAAGACCAAGGGCUGACAACGGCAGCGCCAUUUUCAACUUUUUAUCAGACAUUAAUCUCCAUUAGUAGACUUCCUAUAAUAUGAGUGGUGAGCGACAGCGGUGUGAAAAUGGUCUUCUCGUAUCAUAACAGACUACCGCCCCCUGCUGGCAUGGAGGGUUAUUUCCUCUUGUGCAGAACGUACGUGGUGGUUGGCCAUCAGCUGUAGUCUUUGUGGUGUGUUCAAGUGCAACUUUUUGGCCAGGACAAAAGCGAGGGUGAAACUCUGGAUUAAGGCUCCUCCUAGAAAUAUCAGGAGUUUUCUGCAGGUGUGAAAGCACGAUCACAGAUGUUAAUUUGUCCACUGUGCUGUGUCCAUCCACACUGGGAAGUCUGCCAUUUUCUUCUUUAAUUUUACGACUAAAUGACUUGAAACUUCAGUUUAUAGUCGAUUUUUUUUUGUUGAGCUCUAGUAUAAACUAAACUUCAGUAGGUGGUAGAAAGUAUUUUUUGUAUUUUUCCCUGAAUGUAAACGAGAUGAUUCUCUUCUCCUGUGCUCAUUCCUCCAGCCAAUGUUUUUUUAACGACUGUUCAGGUCCUGUUAGGGGGUCCGGGGGUCCAGGGCUCACGCUGCGACCCUUUUAGUCCCAAAUCUGAAAUCACUGUUUUAGUACUCGCCAUUUUUUUAAGAGGUGAAACCUGUGAUGAGUGAAUGUGAUUGUUUGGUACAUCAUGAAAACAUUACGAUCAAGAAAGAUUUUUUUUUUUUUUCUUUUUUUAAUACCGGUUACCUGCCGCUCCCCGACAGAUAACCGGUUUCUGUACGUUUGGAAAGUGUAGUCUUCCUUGUUUUUUUUUUGUUUUUUUAAAGGUUAGCAUGUCGUCUGAGGCUUGAAACACACCAGCUCUGUUUUUUUAUUUCUCUCACCACGGCCACAGACGGUGCACUUUAUUCACCUCCUGCAUUGAUUGUAGCGUUCAGCUCGUGCCAUGUGGAAAGUGUCGAGCAGGAACUGAGGAGCCGUAUCAAACGAGCGGCUGAUCUCUGAUGUCACUUUGAAUUUUUCACAGAAUCAUUGAAGAGUUUGCUCCACAUGUUCUCUGUUUCUCUAAUCUCACUUUAACUCUGUUUCGAGCCUCAGUAUUGUUUUGUUUUUUCUCCUCCCGUCUGACUGCAGAUAUCUGAGACAGUCCAUACGAUGUUUAAAGCACGCUGCUGGACUUUCAGGACAUUCAGUAGAGCUUCACUUUUUAUAGCAGUGAGUGAUUUAGUUAAUAACUGUAAGAGAUUGUAAAGAAAACAUCUAUUUUUGUAGCAUUAGAGCUCCCAGUUUAAGUGAACAUCUGGAUUCAGAAACAGAUGUUUGUUUAUGAAAUUCAGGGAGCUCACUGAGUUUGUGUCCUGCUCUCUGAAUCAGUGCAUGAAGAAUUCCUGCUUUCAGCUCCGUGUCUCCGUCCGGACUUCAGAAUAAUGUUUUAAAUGAUUUUUAAAUGUGGAGAACUUCACCUGACCCCAACGAGUUGUUCCUGACCGCUGUGUCAUCUUUGAAUCUUCCAAACAUUCUGCUGUAACGAACAAGUAAACGUCUUCAGCUCUGA